GCUACUCUUUGCGCUGGACAUGCUAUUGGAAGAGACGAAUCACCAGGAAAGCCUUCGCCAUCAAUCCCGCAUAUACACUAGCACCCACAAAGAACAACCCCGUCUACGUCUGGCAAGACUCCUAAACAUCCUCGAAGUUGCGUCAGAAGACCGUGAUGGGACUGGUGCCAAAGGCUUAAAGGGCAAGAAGCGUGCUCUUGGCGCGGAAACCGACGAGCGGCCGCGAAAGCGAAGCAAGGUUUCCGAGGAUACAUAUGUCGAUAGCGCUGGAGGUGAAGACGAGAGGGUUGUCCCUGUAUACCGGCGAGUGUUCAACGUGCGAUACACCACUGCUCUCACCGACGAUGUACUGGGGCCGUACGUGGACGAUGCCGAUGCCGAGAAAUAUGGCUGGGCGAAGAAUGAAAGAGAACUGCUAGAACGUUUAUCUUCUUUUGGUUCUACGCGGACUACGAUCCCUCUCGGUGAUUUUACAGUCACAGGUACGGGAUAUGUGUGCGACCCAGCCGACGAUUCGGAGGUCCUGCUACCUCUGCCCACAAAGUGGAACUAUCCUUUCGACACGGACGAUUACGACUUCCAUAGUCGAGGAUACGAGGUCGCCGACCCUGUCAAUGCCUUCCUCAUCCUCGCAAGGGAAGGCCGCGCUCGUCUCAGCGCUCACCUCUCCAUUGUUUCACCCGCUGAGAACACAUCCCUGCCGAAACGAGAGCUACCAUUCACCCUCCGUGUACAAGUGGAUUGCUCCUUCGUUUGUCCGAGGGUCUUUGAGCCUGUGCUCGUCUCCGGUAAAACGCACUCCGAUCAGGCGAAAGCCACCACAAUUCAAGAUGCACAACGUCGACUCCUCUUGCUCGUAUUUCCCCCUCAAGAUCCUCCACCAGACAGCUACAGAGGGACUACCGAUAUCCCCUUAUUGUUUUCUGUCCUCGGGCCUGCGCCGCCGUUGCCGUCUCCGCAAGCGUAUGACGCACUCCAGCCGGAGUCUCUUUUGCCCACCUUGCUGCCCUUUCAAAGGCGCAGCGUCGCGUGGAUGGUCGGGAGAGAAGGCAAGACGGUUACCGAAUCUGGCACGACUAUCACGAAGUUCGACGUGGAGAGUGAGGCACGUCCAUUGCCCUUGUUCUGGGAGGCCGUACACGUUUCUCCUGAAGAGACUUGGUAUGUCAAUCGUCUUCGCGGUGUUGUCUCUCCGACACCACCCACCGCGGAUGACGAGGAGCUCAAUGAAGACGCUCUGGGCGGCAUCGUCGCCGAGGAACCUGGCCUUGGAAAGACUCUCGAGUGCAUCACGACAAUCAUUCUCAAUCCUUCCCCGGGACGCUCCCCAGUGAAUGUGCGGUGGGAUCCUGAGGCGAAGAUCAACGUUAAGGAGAUCAAGACCACUCUCAUCGUGACGCCGCCAUCGUUGGCACCACAGUGGGCAGACGAGCUCGCAGCGCAUGCGCCGGGCCUCAGGGUUCUUAUCUACGACGGAUGGCAGAAGGUCCCAGUACCCAUCACGGAGAAAGACAUCGAUGCAGCGCGCGAGAAACGGCAGAAACAGCGGGCUGCAGAGAAGGCCCGCAAAGCCAAGAAGGGCUCCAAGGGCAAGGGCAAGGCAGCAGCCGCGGUAGACGCGAUGGAGGUCGAUGACGAUGAAGACGAUGACGACGACGUGCAAGACUGGUGUGCAUACGUGAACACCUUCGAUGUGUGUAUCACUACGUAUGCGGUGCUGCAACACGACCUGGGCGUCGCGCGGCCGCCGCCCGUCCGUCCGCGACGGGCAUAUGUCGAUUAUGGGAACACCAGUCGUGCGCGGAGUCCGCUCGUCAUGUGCGAGUGGUACCGCGUGAUCAUGGACGAAGUGCAGAUGGUCGGAGGAGGGAAGACAGAGGAGAUGGUCUCGCUCAUUCCGCGGCUGUCGUCGUUCGCCGUUUCUGGGACGCCCGCGAGGUCGCAGGUAGCAGACCUGAUUCAUGUGCUAAAAUUCCUUCGAGUGAAAGCCGUCACAGACUACCCGAGAGCAUGGACUCGUCUUCUCUUGCCUGGUUACGUCCACGAGUUCAAGCAACUAUUCCAACGCUACGCGGUUAGGACGAUGAAGGCGGCUGUCAAAGACGAACUCACUAUCCCGCCGCAAACUCGAUAUCUUGUGCCGAUCGAGCUCGGUCGCGUCGAACGUCAUGUCUACGACCAGAACCUUGACGCUGCGCUGCUGGACCUCGGACUGGAUGCGCGUGGUGUGGCAGCAACCGAGAACUGGGAAGUCGACGUUCAGAAGCUACGGCAUUGGCUUCGCAAGCUCCGUGGUAUAUGUACGCAUCCGCAGGUCGGUCAGUUGAUGGCGCAUGGAGGUGGAGACAAGUUGCACAAACCGGGUGUGCUGAAGAGCAUGGCGGAAGUGCUAGAGUCUAUGAGAGAUCAGAACUGGAAGAACUUCAUGGAGGACCGGAAGAACAAGGUGUCUGCUAUGGCAACCUUGGCACAACUACUUCAGCAAGACGAAUCGAAGCUCAACCGCUACCGGGAAGCACUCGAUAUGCUCGUUGCCGCAGAAACCGAGGCGCAGAAGCUCGUUUCCGACCUCUCCGAUGUCCUGAGCGAGCACGCAAAGGAGGGCGAGAAGCUCAAGGAAGAGACCACCAGGCUUCGCGAGCUGCGUCACCAGGCGACAAGCCACCAUGCCGCUGACCACAACAAGGGCAAGGGCCGCGCACGCAGCGAUAGUCCUGACCACGGCAGCGUCGAGGCAGACGAGGAGGGCCUGCCGCACAACCCUAUUGGCGACGCGCACAGAGCGAAGGCGGGUAUGCUGCAGAACCGCAUCCGAGACGCGCGUAUCAUUCUGCAUAAGGUCAAGUUCUUGCAGGGAGACGUAUAUCACGUCCUCGGGGAGCAGUAUACGAACCAGGAGAAUGAGGCAUAUGCGGCGGCUGAAGAACUGCGGCGUGUCUUGCUUAAAGGCACCGAGGAUGCCGCUUCGCGUGCUAUGACCUACCUCGACCACGAUCCAAUCGUGAAGGCUCUCAACGAGAAGGAUCUGUUCGUCAAGAUUCCCUACCUUGACAACGGCGGCAUCAAGUCUCACCUGCUGAUGGAUGAAGCAAACGAGCUUAUCGACGGUCUGCUGAACGAGCAGUCCACUCUACUCUGGCAAUGGCGGACGAAGCUCAUCGCGCUUCUCACGCAACCGCUCGGAUCGAAGGAUGCGGACGCAGACGGCCAGGAGUAUACCCGCAGCCUCGACACCCAGGGCGAAGCCGAAGCGUAUCUACAGGCCUACGCCGCACUCCUCGCUGAUCGCCGUGAGACACUCACCGCCGAACGCACGCUCCUCGCCGCGCACGACGUGCGGGAGGUCAAGGCGCGGAAGACCAAGGCGGCACGCGGUACGCGGUACCUGACAGAGGUCGAGGCCGAGGUCCUGGAUCUCGACAAGCUGGAGGACCACGACAUCCAGCCCGAGCAUCAGGUAAUGCUGAAGACGUUGAACGACGAGCGGAAGGCGCUGUUGGACGAGUUCGAUCCGGGACGGGCGAUCAAGUCUAUCAUGGUGGAACUGAACAACAUCGCUGUCGGGAUUGUGAAGGACGACGAUCCUGAGAAGAUCAUCGCGAAGAGUGGUGUUGCUAGACUAAGGACGCUCAUUUCCGAGCAAGGGAAAUUGAUUGACAAGUUGCAGAACGACCUGGCGCAUCUCCGCAAAGCGUUCAACGAGCGUAUCUCGUAUUUCCGGCAGUUGCAAGAGAUCUCCGACACUGUCGCAGAGGCACUGUGGGAAGGGGAUGUGCAAGAUGCCAUAAGGGAUAUCCGUGAGCAACAGGGCGUACUUGAGACCAAGAUCAAUACGGCCCGUGCCCGACAACGGUAUAUGGACAACCUCAGCACAUCACACGAAGCAGGUACCAUGGACGAGGACGAGAGGUCGUGUAUCCUGUGCAAAUGUGAUUUCAUUCGGGGAUAUAUCACCCAAUGCGCGCAUGUGUAUUGUGAGGACUGUAUGAAGGCAUGGCUCGCUCGCGCCGGAGGCAAAGCCUGUCCCGUCUGUCGGGUCCCCAUCAACAUCGACCAGCUGCAACGGUUCUCCAUCGACAACAAACCCGGCGAGCCUCCCCAAGCCCCUCCCAAGAUCAUGAGCAACAGCGAGGCCGUCCCGCGCUCGCGGCGCGAGAUCCAGUACAACUUCAUCAACCCGCAGAUCAUGCAGGACAUCCAGGCGAUGGAGUCGUACGGGAGCUACGGCAGCAAGAUCGAGACGCUCAUCCGGCACCUACUCUACUUGGACGUCGUAGAUCCCGGGACGAAGAGCAUCGUGUUCUCGGCGUGGGCCGAUUCGCUCAUGAUCAUUCAGCACGCGCUCCGGGCGAACGGUAUCUCGUGUCUCCGGAUAGACCAGCACACCGGUAAACAGAAUGCGGCGAAGCGGUUCCGAACGGACCCAACGAUCUCCGUCUUGCUUCUGCACGGCGAACGUGAGAACGCCGGGCUGAACGUUACCUGUGCUUCCCGUGUCUUCUUGGUGGAGAGCGUUGUGCAUCAUGCGUUCGAAGUGCAAGCUAUCGCACGUAUCGACCGUAUGGGCCAAACGAAGCCGACGGAAGUGUAUUGUUACUACGCGGAAGACACAGUUGAACGCAACAUCUUGGAUCUGGCGGCGAAGCAGGGGCUCUCGCUCUACACGCGAGAUAAUGCAGCAGGCACGCUCAAUGUGACGCCGUUCGCAGCGGACGCCGACAAGAAGAAGGUCGAUGCUCCGGCAAAGAAGGUGCAGAAGGGCGACUUCGUGUACAAGAUGGAUGACAUGCUUGCCAUCCUCUUCCCUCAUCUCUACGAGGACCUGGAGUAUCUCAUACCACCCGAAGACGGUGGCUCUCAAGACACUGGUGCUUCCCGGGAGUUGGACUCAAGCGGUAUGGGUGCUUCGUCAAGGCAGACAGUGGUGCACGAGAACGCGAUUGCCGGACCGUCGGGGCUGCACUAAGAUUUAGUGGUUCUGUUGUUCAAGGCUUCGGUACCAUAUAAUACCACCUAGAUGUUAUGUUUUGAACUCCUCUCUUAUGUAUCCCAUCAUCUAUCU